AUGGCCCCACGCUUCCUGCCCGCGAUAGCAACACAAUCCCUCGGCCGCGCGCCCCACCACCCCAUCGCCACGAAACUCGCCCUCAUCGCCUCCGCCGGCUUCCACGCGGUCGAGCUCUUCAUGGAAGACCUGGAGCACCUCGCCCACCAGCUGCGCAGUACCAGCACCAGACCGCAUCUAACGCACGACGCCGCCCUCCUCGCCGCCGCAACCCACAUCUCCGACCUCUGCGCCCACCACAGCCUCCACAUCCUCUGCCUCCAGCCCUUCGCCAACUACGAAGGCCUCCUCUCCCCCUCCGCCCACGCCUCCCGUCUGCGCGACCUGCGCCUGUGGUUCCGCCUCGCGCGCGCCCUGCGCACCGACCUGAUCCAGAUCCCCAGCUCGUAUCUACCGGCGGACCAAUGCACGGGCGAGCGCAGCCGGGUGGUCGCCGACCUGCGCGAGGCGGCGGAUCUGGGGUUGCAGUGCGAGCCGCCCGUGAGGUUCGCGUACGAGGCGUUGGCGUGGGGGACGCAUGCGGAUCGGUGGGAGCAGGUGUGGGAGGUGGUGGAGGAGGUGGAUCGGGUGAAUUUCGGGUGUUGUUUGGAUACGUUUAAUUUGCUGGGGAGGGAGUGGGCGGAUCCGGCCAGGGGGGACGGGCUGGUGCCAGGGGCGGAGGGGAGGUUGGAGGUCGUGCUGCAGAGGCUGCGGACGAGGCUGGAUCCGAGGAAAGUUUUCUAUAUUGAGGCCGUUGAUGGGGAGAGGUUGGAUGAGCCCUUGGUCGAGGGGCAUCCGUUCUAUCACGAGGAUCAGCCGGCGAGGAUGUCGUGGUCGAGGAACGCGAGGCUGUUUCCGUGCGAGGAGAAGGGGUAUUUGCCCGUGGUGCAGACGCUGCAGGCUAUUGUCGAUGCGGGUUACGAGGGAUACGUCAGUUUCGAGUUCUUCUCCAGAACCGCGCACGAGCAGGGGGACCAUGUGCCGAGAGAGCAUGCGGAGAGGGCGCGGAGGAGUUGGCACCGCAUGUGCGAAGAGAUGGGGUGGGAGGAUUGCAUGAAAGCGAGAAACAUCGAUGCGCCCGUGCCUUCUCUUGCCCAAGACAUCGGCGUGCUGUCACCACCGCCCCCUCCGUCGGCGCCGGCGUUGGCACACCAGCAUUCCAUGUCGGCGGCGCUGCAGGCACACUGA